CUCACAUGCACUCACUCUCUUUCCGACACUAUUACUCCCCGAGCAUCUCGCUCUCCCUCUCACAUACACACACACACACACACACACACCAGAACUCCCUCCCUCUUUCCCUCUUGCUCUGCCUCUCCCUCCCUCCCUCUCUCUCACACACAUACACGCAUACACACUUACACAGUAGCGGGGCAUGGAAGCAACUGCUGUCAUAGCUAGUAGUGUUUUAGAUGACAUGGACCGAAAACAUGAAGUAGGAGAGACCAUGCUAAGGAAUCAUUGUGAAGAGGCUGUUGUUGACCAUGGUAAGACAAGCUCAGCCCCACACACUAACUUUGAGAAAGAAGAAUUGGAGAGCCACAGGGCUGUGUAUGUCGGGGUUCACGUCCCACUUGGGAAGGAGAGCAGGAGAAGGCACAGACACAGAGUGCACCGACACCACCAUAGGAGGACCAAGGAGAGGGAGUCUGACCAGGAGGCAGGUGAAAAGGAGUCCCCGACGUACGACACUCCGUCUCAGCGGGUGCAGUGCAUUCUGGGUACUGAGGACGAUGACGUGGAGCAUGUCCCUCAUGAGCUCUUUACUGAGCUGGACGAGCUCUCUGUUAAACAUGGCAGCACUGAAUGGAGAGAGACCGCCAGGUGGUUGAAGUUCGAGGAGGAUGUAGAGGAUGGAGGUGACAGGUGGAGUAAGCCCUAUGUGGCCACGCUGUCCCUGCACAGCCUGUUUGAGCUACGCAGCUGCAUCCUCAACGGCACCGUGCUGCUGGACAUGAGGGCUGCCUCCAUCGAGGACAUCGCAGACAUGGUGAUAGACAGCAUGGUUGCAUCCGGCCAGCUGGAGGAGGCGUUCCGGCCGCAGGUCCGAGAGGCUGUGCUGAAGCGUCACCACCACCAGAGCGAGAACAGACUCAGCUCCCGCUUGCCUCUGGCCGUGCGCUCCCUCGCUGACAUAGGCAAGAAGCACUCUGAGCCUAUUUUACAGGAGCACAGCGGUGAAGGGUUGUCUGCCUCGCGAAACUCCCUUCUGAAGCUGGGCGGCUCCAUUACCAAUCUGUCCCAGAGACGUGACUCACGCGUCUCCAUGCUCCUGAGUCACCUCCUGCCUGGCCCCGCCCACGGCCCCUCCCCCAGCACUAGCCCUCAGAACACCCCGCCCACCCCUCGAUGGUCCGACUCCACCCACAGAUCUCCAGUCCACCUGGACAUCCCCGAGGUGGUGGUGUCGCCUCCAGUGGAGGACGAAGAGUCAGAGGGGAUCUCCUCAGAGGAGGACGUGUUGGACCUCGGAGCUCAACAAGGUCCACUGGUUCCAGGCUUCUCUCGUUCUGGAUCUUUGGAUGCAGGCAGACCCAAUGAAAACCGGACAACCAAAUCUGGCAACAGCAAAGAUGGCAGCACUGUUGACCUCAGCAAGGUGGAUAUGAACUUCAUGAGGAAGAUCCCCCCUGGAGCAGAGGCCUCCAACGUGCUGGUGGGGGAGGUGGACUUCCUGCCGCAGCCGAUUAUAGCCUUUGUCCGGCUGUCACCUGCUGUACUGCUCACGGGACUCACGGAGGUGCCUGUGCCAACCAGGUUCUUGUUUUUGAUGUUGGGACCGUAUGGAAAAGGUCCCCAGUACCAUGAGAUUGGGCGCUCUAUGGCAACUCUGAUGACAGAUGAGAUAUUCCACGACGUAGCGUAUAAGGCACGGAACAGGGCUGACCUGCUCUCAGGCAUUGAUGAGUUCUUAGACCAGGUGACGGUCCUUCCUCCAGGAGAGUGGGAUCCCUCCAUCCGCAUCGAGCCACCUAAGAAUGUCCCCUCCCAGGUGAAGAGGAAGACGCCGUCUCAGCUGAACGGUCCAACAUCCCCCACCGAGCCUGACCAGGAUGAACAGAACCAUGCUGGACCCGAGCUACAGAGAACAGGGAGGAUGUUUGGAGGUCUGGUGAGAGACGUCAGACGGAAGGCUCCAUUUUUGCUGAGUGACUUCACAGACGGGUUCAGGCUGCAGUGUUUGGCCUCUGUGCUCUUCCUCUACUGUGCCUGCAUGUCUCCAGUCAUCACCUUUGGAGGCCUGCUGGGAGAGGCCACAAAGAGCAAUAUUAGUGCAAUCGAGUCCUUAUUUGGAGCGUCUCUGACUGGAGUGGCGUUCUCGCUCUUCGCUGGUCAACCUCUGACCAUCCUGGGCAGCACUGGUCCUGUCCUGGUCUUUGAGAAAAUCCUCUUCAAAUUCUGCGAGGAUUAUGGUAUGGUGUAUCUAUCCCUGCGCGCCUGUAUCGGCCUGUGGACGGCCUUCCUCUGCAUAGUGCUAGUUGCCACAGAUGCGAGCUCGCUCGUCUGUUACAUCACACGCUUCACAGAGGAGGCGUUCGCUGCCCUAAUCUGCAUAAUCUUUAUCUACGAAGCCCUGGAGAAACUGGUGCACCUGGGCGAGACCUACCCAGUCAAUACACACAGUAAUCUGGAUAAUCUGACACUGUACAGUUGUCAGUGCUCUGGUCCGGGUCACGUGACCAAUGAGACACUGGAGGUCUGGAACCACACGGGACACACUGCAGAAUCCAUACCAUGGAAUCAACUUAAUGUUUCGAUGUGUAAACUGCUGAAUGGUGAGUUCGUGGGCUCUGCGUGUGGUCACCACGGCCCCUUCAUCCCUGAUGUUCUCUUCUGGUCCGUCAUUCUCUUCUUCACUACGUUCUUCCUCUCAUCUUUGCUGAAGCAGUUUAAGAUGGAGCGAUACUUCCCCACCAAGGUGCGCUCCACCAUCAGUGACUUCGCUGUGUUUUUGACUAUAAUGGUGAUGGUGCUGGUUGAUUAUCUGAUAGGGAUUCCAUCCCCAAAACUCAAUGUACCAGACCGCUUUGAGCCCACCUCUAAGCACCGUGGGUGGCUGGUCUCUCCGCUGGACUCUAACCCGUGGUGGACGGUGGUGGCCUCGGUCAUCCCCGCCCUGCUCUGCACAAUACUCAUCUUCAUGGAUCAGCAAAUUACAGCCGUCAUCAUUAACCGCAAGGAACACAAGCUCAAGAAAGGCGGUGGGUAUCACCUGGACCUGCUGGUGGUUGCUGUGAUGCUGGGCGUGUGCUCGGUGAUGGGCUUGCCCUGGUUCGUCGCAGCGACCGUGCUCUCCAUCUCGCACGUGAACAGUCUGAAGGUGGAGUCCGGCUGUUCAGCACCCGGAGAACAGCCCAAGUUCCUGGGCAUCAGGGAACAGCGUCUCACCGGGGUCCUCAUCUUCACCCUCAUGGGCUGCUCUGUCUUCAUGACCUCCGCGCUAAAGUUUAUUCCCAUGCCUGUGCUGUAUGGAGUCUUUCUCUAUAUGGGCGUAUCGUCUCUGAAGGGCAUACAGUUCUUUGACAGGAUUAAGCUAUUUGCCAUGCCAGCAAAGCACCAGCCGGAUCUGAUCUACCUGCGCUAUGUGCCACUGUGGAAGGUGCAUGUCUUCACGCUGGUGCAGCUCACCUGUCUCGUGCUCCUGUGGGUCAUCAAAGCCUCCACAGCACGCGUUGUUUUCCCUAUGAUGGUGCUGGCACUGGUGUUUGUGCGAAAACUUCUAGAUCUCUUCUUCACUAAGAGAGAGUUGAGCUGGCUGGACGAUCUGAUGCCCGAGAGCAAGAAGAAGAAAGAGGAUGACAACAAGAAGAAAAGAGCAAAGCAGGAAGUUGAGCAGAAUAUGGAGGAAGAGGAGGAGACAGCACUGACCUAUGCAGGGGAGGAAGAGGGAGGAGGAGGAAAAGUAGGGAAUGUGCUGAAGGUUCCACGGCACUCUCACUCUGGCAGCCAAGAGAAGGUGGUUUGCGUUAGGGUAAAUAUGGAAGGAAUGAAUAUGGGGACGUCCCUCUAGAGGCGGAGCCUAUUCCUCCCGUUUGGAGUGACAGCCCUCUCCACCACAGAUAAACUCCGGCAGAACCAGCCCACUCUGCUGACUCGGUCAUGGGCUACAGCCAACGGCUCCACCUGCUGGCCUGGAGUAUUGCUGGUAGACACGGAGGUGAGAACAGUCAACACCACCAACUGAAGGGGCAUAGGAAAGUCUUGGAAUGUUCGAACUGACUUGCACAUUUAUCUCAUUAUUUUUUUUAAUUUAAGCUUAAAAAGCAAAUUAUAUUUUUAUUUUGUAUAGUUUUCUUGUUAAUCCAAAAUAUUUUACACAAUUUAAAAUAUUUUGGAUAUAAAUGUUCUUUAAUGCUUGCAUCAGGAACUGAUGGGUGAAAACUAGUUCAAAGUUCAGUAACAGACAGUAUAGCGGGGAUACACAGUUUGGUGAUUUCACUGCUGAAGCAGUCAUUAUACUGUUGUGAAGCAGGACGUACAUUAACAGACGUGUGCUAUAGUGUGUUCCACAUUCAUACAUGAAUCAUGUGUAACAUGGACAACCUUAAGAAACAUAGAGGUAAUAAUUCAUGUAUGAAUUAUGUGUGCCUUGCAUAGCGUAGCUGUUGUCAUGCACAGAGAGAAGGACAAAGGACAAAGGAUAUUAAAUGUUUAGCUUUCAUAUAUAUA